UUCAGCAGGGUUUAAAAGUAUGGGAGGAUGAACAUCUGCAAAAGAGAUGAGAAGAGAUUAGAGAGAAGCACCUAAGGUGUCUAGGGUCAAACCCACAAUCUCUGCUUUAGAAUCGAGGCAUCGUUUUCUUGAAAAAGUUAAAGGAGACUAAAAUGAUUGGCAUGGUGUGUUCAGUGUUUUCAGUGUUGUGUGUUCUCCCCCUGCUGGUUGGGAGCACUCCUAUUUCUCAAGAUCUGUUUCCGACUGACUGCUCUGAUGUCUACGCUAAUGGACAUAGACUCAGUGGUGUGUACACCAUCUACCCUACAGCAGACACACCUGUACAGGUGUACUGUGACAUGGGAUGUGGGGAAAGCAAAACAGAAGUUGGGAAUUGGACGGUAUGUUUAGAUGUGUUUCAGAGGAGAAUGGACGGCACUGUGAAUUUCUACAGACCAUGGGAACACUAUAAGAAAGGGUUUGGAAACAAGCAUGGAGAAUACUGGCUAGGAUUAGAACACAUCUACCAGCUCACACAUAAGAGGAAAUACGAGCUGAAAGUGGACCUGCAGGACUUCGCCGGGGUGUCGGUUUAUGCUCGAUAUUCUUCUUUCUCUAUAGAUUCUGAAGCUGACGGCUACACACUCCACAUUAGUGGUUUCAUCAAUGGAGGUGCAGGUGAUUCUCUGGCUACAAACAACGGACAGAAAUUCUCCACCUUUGAUAAAGACCAGGACUCGUAUGCAGGGGGAAACUGUGCUAAAUCCUACCUCGGGGCUUUUUGGUACAGUCAGUGCCACCAUGCGAACCCUAACGGGAUAUACCUGUGGGGACAGGACGGCACUCAUUACGCCAUCGGAAAUGUGUGGUACCAUUGGAAAGCCUAUGAUUAUGGUCUCAAAUACAUCACCAUGAAGAUCAGACCUGUGUCUGUAGCAUAGUGAUGAAUUUCUCUUUAUAACAUUCUUGUUGUUGAUGAUGGUGGAGGUGGACAUGGUGGUGGUGUUGGAGGAGGUGGUGUUGAAGUGGAGGUGGAAGUGUUGGUGUUGGAGGUGAUGGUGGUGGUGUUGGUGGUGGUUUCUGUCUCUCUCUCUCUCUCACACCCACAUGCACACACACACACACACACACACACACAUCCCAGAAACAGAAGACAAUAACACACACCAAAGAGGAGGCCCUGCAGCACAUCCACAUUGAGUUCAUAUGCUCACUACAUAGGGUAUAGCAUAAUCUGUAGUGCACCAGAUAUCCAACAGAAUGGCAAUUGAGCCACAACCACAGAAAAGAAAUUACUUCAAUAAAAAAAUAUUUUUUAAGUCGAGAUUUUAAAACACUGAUCCACAAUUACAAAAUGUAAACAACAUUUCUUGAUCCCGGUCUCUUUUCCUGUACUGAGACGUUUAGCCAGAAGAUAAGGGUUUCAAGAAACCCAAGAAAUGGGUUUCAAUCAACUUUCGUUUUGCAUUUAAAAAUAAAACACAAGAUCUUAAACA